AUGGCUACGUUACAUCACUCAGAGUCGCAAGAUGUUCACACACCGAAAGAUGAUAAUAUAAACCCGAACGAUCUACUGCCUGUCGGUGUCCCGCUACACGCGCUCGGGUCAAUCGAGAGUCAGGACGGUCUUAGUCUGACACGUCAGGAAAUCAACCGUCUUAUUUUGGAAUAUCUUGUGGUCGAAGGCUACAAGGAUGCGGCAGAGAAAUUCAGCCGAGAAACCGGUAUCACGGAACCGUUGACGGAGAUGCGUAUUUCCGGGGAGAGUUUGGUUGAUCGAAUGUGGAUUCGUGAAGCGGUCCUGAGGCGCAAUAUAGCCGAUGUGAUUGAGAAAGUGAACACCUUAUGGCCGGAGUUAUUUGAUAAAAACCCGUUUAUCUACUUUCAACUCCGGCAAUUGCAAAUGCUGGAACUAAUCCGCAAUCAUAAACUGGAAGAUGCCCUGAUAUUCGCUCAAUCCUACCUGGCUGACCCAGUUGCGAAAAGACUUUCCGACCAUCCGCAACUGCUCAACGAGAUGCAGAACACAAUGGCUUUGUUGGCAUUUGACGAUCCAGCUCAAAGUAUAUACGGUCGUCUUCUGGGACCGCAACACGCAGAACUCGUGGCCGGUGCUUUGAAUCGGGCCAUUUUACGGCAUAUCGAAGCCUCAGGUGAUGACCUGGACGGAAUAGAUGAGAGCAAAGCCACCGGUACUACAAGCACGACCGGCUAUUCGGGCACAUCUUCCACUGUACCCCGANACCAAAAUGAUGGCCAUGUUGUUGCAUUUUCGUGA